UGGAACCCUUACAGGCUUUAAAAAAUCAAAUCAAAUUCAUAAACUUAAAGAACAUUGAAAAGAAAUGACAGGAAUAGGAAUCGGAAACGUUGAAGUUGGUGCACUAAUUACCAUAAUUCUCAUAUUUGCUUCAACUGUUUCAUCGCAAAGUUCACCAGAGAUACCCGAAGAUAAAUCACAAGUGAGUGCGUGGUUUGACGCCAACGUCAUGCCUGCAUCUGAGAGAACUGGCAGCAUAGACGCUGUCCUUGCGCAGGCCGAAACUGAACCUACAGUGGUAAAAGUGGUGCAAGGUGGCGGUGGAGAUUUUGAAACCAUAACCGAAGCCAUUGAGAGCGUUCCCGAAGGGAACGACAAACGCGUGAUUAUAUCGAUUGGACCUGGUUCUUAUAAAGAGAAAAUCAAAAUUGAACGAACUAAACCAUUCAUUACAUUCCAUGGGGAUCCCAACGGGAUGCCAACUUUGACAUUCGAUGGUACCGCACAUGAUUAUGGAACAGUAGACAGUGCCUCCCUUAUUGUGGAGUCUGAUUUCUUCAUGGCUGUUAAUCUCAUUAUAGAAAAUUCUGCUCCGAGACCAGACGGGAAAACGGUCGGAGCACAAGCUGUUGCCCUGAGAAUCUCUGGCGAUGAGGCGGCUUUCUAUAACUGCAAGAUCAUUGGUUUCCAAGAUACAUUAUGUGAUGACAGGGGAAACCAUUUCUUUAUGAACUGCUAUAUUCAUGGCACUGUUGAUUUCAUUUUCGGAAGUGGAAAGUCUUUGUAUCUGAACACAGAAUUAUACGUAGACGGGGAUACGGGACUAACAGUAAUCACAGCACAAGCAAGGGAAAGUCAAGAGGAGAACACUGGUUAUUCUUUUGUGCAUUGCACCAUUACUGGAACAGCGCAAGGUGCAUAUCUGGGUAGAGCUUGGAAGACCAGUCCAAAAGUUGUUUAUGCCUAUACUGAUAUGAGCGAAGUCAUCAAUCCCGAGGGAUGGUCUCAUAAUUUACAACCUGAGCGCGCCCAAACUGUUUUCUACGGAGAAUACAAGAACACAGGGCCAGGAGCUGAUCAAGCUGGGCGAGUGCCAUUCGCUGUACAGCUAACUGAGAACGUUGCCCAAGAAUUCUUAAAUCUUGGCUUCAUUGAGGGUAGCAGAUGGUUGCUUCCGCCACCAAAUAUCUAAAUCAACUAUUAAUCUAGAAAAAAUGGAUAAAUUUAUCAUUUAUUAAGAAUAUAUAUAUACUAACCAGUUAAAUCUUACUUCGAUUAGCAUAAGAAUUGUUGCUAAUCUAGUAAGACAUAGGUUCAAGUGUGCAGAAGCGCAUUAUUCUCCUAUUUAAAGCUCGGGGAGGGAUUAUAAAUAAUUCUAGGCAUUGUAUAAAAAAGAAUAUAGAAGUUAUGGAUAGUUACUGAUAUUGUAUGAAAAAGAAUAUAUAUACUAUGUUUUGGUAGAAGUAUUGUUUUUAUAUAAUAUUUUAGUGUAUAAGUUA